CUGAUGGGCCCCGACCUGCAGGGGGGGUUCUGCUGAAGGACUCUGGCAGAGCCUUCAAGUCCUCCUCCACGAUCGAGUGCAGCCGAGCCGAGAGUGUAGCCUCCGCUGUCAUCGCCGUGGAGACGGGCGGAUGCUGCUUUCCUGCAGAAGCAGGAGUGAACGUUCAGGCAGGCGUCUGGGAGGUGUGAGGGCGUGGAGGUGGAGUCCAAGAGGAGAGGCCGGUUUGUCCCUCUCCUCGUCCCGGUCGGGGGCUUUUUUCGGCAUCACCCUUCACCAUGGAGCUCUGGAGCGGAAAGGUCUGGGGAAUUAUAGCGCGGGUCACCCUGAUACUGCUCGGCUGGAGCGGGGCGGCCAGAGGAGAGGCCUGCCGGCGUCCGCUGGUCUCCGGUCUGCCGCCGCCGGCCUUCAGCAGCUCGUCCCGGGCGUCGGGCAGCCACGGGCCGGCCUUCGCCAAGCUCAACCGCAGAGAAGGAGCUGGCGGUUGGUCUCCUCUGAGCUCGGACCCACAUCAGUGGCUGGAGGUGGACCUGGGCGGGCGGACACGCAUCACUGCCGUCGCUACGCAGGGUCGCUAUGGCAGCUCUGAUUGGCUGACGUCCUACCAGCUGAUGUUCAGCGACGCGGGACACAACUGGAAACAGUAUCGGCAGGAGGACAGCAGAGGGGCUCUUCCAGGUAACACCAACGCGGACAGCGUGGUCCUGCACAAGCUGCAGCAUCCCGUGAUCGCUCGCCACCUCCGCCUCCUGCCGCUGGACUGGAACCCUCGCGGCCGGAUCGGACUCAGACUGGAGACCUACGGGUGCUCAUACGGCUCCCACGUGGUGAGCCUCGGCGGCCGCGGCGGCCUCCUCUUCAGGCUGAGCCCGGGCCCGAGGCGGACGUCCGGGGCGAGCGUCUCCCUGACCUUCAAGACCCUGAGGAACUCCGGGGUGCUCCUCCGGGCCGAGGGCCGCAGCGAGCACGGCCUCGUCCUGCAGCUGGAGGAAGGAAAGCUGCUGCUGCUGCUCCUCAGAAAAGGCCGGACUGCCUCUCCUGACGGCCGGCGCCUGGUGUCCCUGGGCAGCCUGCUGGACGACCAGCACUGGCACCACGUCUCCAUGGAGCUCGGCGUGGACGGCCUCAACCUCACCGUGGACGGCAGCUCGCUGUGGGUGCGGCUCCCACCCAGGCUCGCCCACUGGGACCACCAGCAGGUGAGCGUGGGAGCGGGCCGCGGCCCCCGGCGGGCGGUCGGGGGGAGCGGACAUUUCCACGGCUGUUUGGAGAACCUGGUUUACAACGGGGUGAACCUGCUGGAGCUGGCUGAGAAGAAGGACCAGCGGGUCACUGCGGAGGGCGACGUGAUCUUUUCCUGUGCCGAGUCCGUCCCCGUUGCCAUGACGUUCACCAGCGCCCAGAGCUUCCUCCGGUUGCCCCUGGCGACGGAAGCCCCGCCGUCGACUCGCACGUCGGCGGGCCUUCAGUUCCGGACUUGGAACGAGGCGGGGCUUCUGCUGACCUUCGACCUCCCGGAGCAAGAGGGUGCGGCGUGGUUGUACCUGAGCGGAGCCAGACUCCACCUGCGGAUCCACAAGGCCGGCAGGGCGCCGCUGGAGCUCAGCGCCGGCUCCGCCCUCAACGACGGUCAGUGGCACUCUGCGGAGCUGACCUCCAGACGGGGGCAUCUGUCCGUCUCCGUGGACGGAGGUGAAGGAGCCACAGCUCACGCCAGUCCUCCGUUCCUCGUCGCCAUGGGGGGGCAGCUGUUCUUCGGCGGUUGCCCCGCUGACGGGGGCCGCCAGGACUGCGUGAACCCCUUCAAGGCCUUCCAGGGAUGCAUGCGCCUGCUGACUGUGCACAACCAGCCGGUGGACCCGAUCCCGCUGCAGCAGAGGCUGAUGGGAAACUACAGUCACCUCCAGAUCGACAUGUGUGGCAUCUUGGACAGGUGCUCUCAGAGUCACUGCGAGCACGGAGGCAGCUGCCGUCAGUCAUGGAGCAGCUUCCACUGCAACUGCUCCGGCACCGGCUACAGCGGAGCCACCUGCCACAGCUCGAUAUACGAGCAGUCCUGUGAGGCGUACAAGCACCGGGGCAACGCGUCGGGUUAUUAUCACAUCGACGUGGACGGCAGCGGCCCCAUCAGAGCGCGGCUGAUGUACUGCAACAUGACAGAGGACCACACCUGGACGGUGAUCCAGCACAACAACACGGCCCUGACGAGGGUCCGGCCGGCGCCGGGCGGGGGGCGCAUCUCCGCCCACUUUGCGUACGCGUCUGACGAGGAGCAGCUGGCGGCCGUCAUCGGCCAAUCGGAGCGCUGCGAGCAGGAACUGAGCUACGACUGCAGGAAGUCCCGCCUGCUCAACACGGCGGGUAAAGACGUCCCGCGAGACGGCCCUCUGCUCAGCUGGUGGGUGGGGGGUCCCGGUGACGGACAGGUGCAGACUUAUUGGGGCGGAGCCCCGCCGGGCAGCCAGCGGUGUUCCUGCGGCCUGCAGCAGAACUGCGUGGACCCCCGGCACGCCUGCAACUGUGACGCCGACCGCAGCGAAUGGGCCAAGGACUCAGGCCUGCUGACCCACAAGGAGACCCUCCCUGUGAGGUCUCUGGUGCUGGGGGACGUCCAGAGGUCCGAUUCAGAAGGCGCCUACAGGGUCGGGCCUCUCCGUUGUCAUGGAGACAAAAACGUCUGGAACGCUGCACUUUUCGACCAGGAGACGUCUUACCUCCACUUCCCCACCUUCCACGGCGAGCUGAGCGCCGACAUCUCCUUCCUGUUUAAGACGUCUUCGUCCUCCGGCGUCUUCCUGGAAAACCUGGGCAUCAAAGACUUCAUUCGCAUCGAGCUCCGCUCUUCCACCGAGGUGCUCUUCUCCUUCGACGUGGGCGACGGCCCGACGGAGGUCGCCGUGACGACCGGCUUCCCGCUCGACGACGACAGGUGGCACCGCGUGCGCGCCGAGCGCAACGUCAGGGCGGCGUCGCUCCGCCUCGACGAGCUGCCCGCCGCCACGAGGGAGGCGCCCGCCGACGGGCACGUCCACCUGCAGCUCAACAGCCAGCUGUUCAUAGGCGGCACCGCGUCCAGGCAGAGGGGCUUUCGGGGCUGCAUGCGCUCCCUGCAGCUGAACGGGGUCCCCCUGGACCUGGAGGCGAGGGCCAGGAUCACGCCCGGGGUGCAGGCGGGGUGCCCGGGCCACUGCAGCAGCUACGGCUCGCUCUGCCAGAACCGCGGCCGCUGCGUGGAGAGAACCAGCAGCUUCUCCUGCGACUGCAGCUCGUCCGCUCACACCGGAGCCUUCUGCGACAGAGAGGUUUCAGCCAGCUUCAAGUCGGAGACAUCCGUCAGCUACGCCUUCAACGAGCUGGACCGGGGCAGCGACGGCUCCCCGUCCCCCGCCGUCUCCUCCGACCUGGACCUGAGAGCGGAGGACCUCUCCCUGAGCUUCAGGAGCCUCCAGAGUCCAGCCCUGCUCCUCUUCGUGGGCUCCUCCCGCAGAGAGUACCUGGCUCUGCUGCUCAACCAGCACGACAUGCUGGAGGUGAGAUACCGACUGGACAGCAGCAGAGCCGCUGACGUCCUGAGAAGCAAAGUGACGAACCUCGCCGACGGACGGCUCCACGCCGUCGUGGUCAGCAGGCGGGCCGCCGCCGCCUGGGUGCAGAUUGACCAGAACAGCAAAGAGGACUUCAACCUGACGUCGGAUGUAGAAUUCAACGGCGUCCGGUCGCUGGUUCUCGGCAGGGUGCACGCCAUUGAUAUCCAGCAUGACGCGUGCACGUACCCUUUGUCUCCAGACUCUGCCGAGUUGGACCCGGGGCUGUCCCGGCUGGCCUCUCUGGGUUUCACCGGCUGCCUGUCUGGCGUGCUCUUUAACUCCGUCAGCCCUCUGAAGGCGGCCCUGCUCCACCCGGACACCAGCCCCGUCGUGGUCACCGGCCCGCUGGUCCAGUCCAUUUGUGGCUCCACCUCCGCCGAUCCCCACGCGGCAGGAACCAGACACCACCUGUCAGGCCAGUCUGGAUCAGUGGGAACGGGUCAGCCUGUGGAGAACGCCGUCAGGAGGGACUCCGCUCUGAUUGGAGGCGGGAUAGCGGUGGCCAUCUUCGUGACCGUGUCGGCGUUGGCCGUGACGGCGCGGGUCCUCUACCGGGGGAAAGGCACGUGUCGGAGGCCGGCGGGGAAGACGGCGAAGCCCGACGACGGCGACGGCGGCGCCGGCUCUCGCGGCGGCCCGAGUGAGAACCAGAGGGAGUAUUUUAUUUAGGAGGUUUGGACGCGGACAGAGACGGAGACGCAGCGUCGAGCCUCCGUGCUUCACGUUCAAAAAGCAGACUCUGCUCCGGCGGAGGCCGAGCAUCAGAACUCUUCUCCUGAGGCUGAACGAGGCUGCGCGUCCAAACGGGCGCUUUGUGACGCGUCAGCGCUGCCUGGAGGAGAGCAGCUGUAAAUAUACAAAGACGCAGCACUUCGGUAUUAGACUUUAAAUCAAUCGGUCCUUUCCUGCGUCCCGCUGAAGCGGUCGGACGAGGAACUGUGUUUUUGUAUGUGGUGGGUUUUGUUGCUAUGAAAGUUAAAAAGCGGCGAGGUGAUUUAAAUACAUUUGUCCGAUGAGGAUAAUGGAUGUUUGGUGUUUCGAGUGAUUGACUCGAUUUAAUUGGUUGUUUGGUGUUUUUUUUGCACCUGCCGUGUUCACGUUGAACAUUUUCCAUCUUCUUAAAAGCUUUUGUGAUUUUCUUCCAUUCCAUAGAAAACACCAAGCGAAGCUGAACUCUUAUUUAUUUCCCUCUGCUUCAUUUUUUCUUCUUUCUGUCACUUUCCUGCCUCCAGCUCUCGAUGUAGUUCUGAACAGUAAAAGUAUUGAGAAGGACCCGUUGACUGUGGACUUUCUGUUCAUUACAGCAAAAACCUUCCACGUGUCUUGUAACUCAGAGAGAUUCACAUUAAGUAUAAAAACACGUGUGAAAUUCAUCUUGCAAUAGAGAACAAAUCAUUUCUGCUGUUUAUCAAUCAAAUCUAAGAACGAGACGUUUCUUUCUACCAAACAAGCACUGAACAUUGAACCCGCUGACAUGAUGAGCUGCAGCUCGUUGGUUCAAAAUGUGGUGGAUUAGAAACCUCGACGUCCAAAUCAAUUAUUUCUCUGUUCACACGCACGUUUAACAUCAUUUAAGCUUCCCACGGUCUCUCCUUCACAGUGUGACAUUUCAAAAGACUGAAAUAGGAAUCUGUCUGCAGAGGAGAUCACUGCGUUCCAUGAGUGUGUGUGUGUCAGGCAGCUCUAUUUAGAGACGCAUUCUUGCCUGUAACAAAGCCUCAUUGAAGGGAGGACGGGUCGUAAUGACGGCGGGUUUCUUCCAGCUAUUAUGUGACAAGGUGCUGCCAUGAAUCUGAUUGUUACAAAUAUGAACCACCCAGAACUCAAACCGUCAAUGCCCACAUUCAUGAGCCUGAAGAAUCCAGUCCACGGCGGACAAACCCAGAUCCUCCAGCAGAGACCAGUCCACCGUGGACAGAUUGUAGUAAAAUGAGACCUUUUCUAAAGGGACCCUGGUGCUCAGAGACACUAUACGUAUUUCCUCCAUAGGGACCAAUCUAAUCAACACAAAAUGAAAGUUCCUUUUAGUAACCAAAGUACAUCAGCUUCACAGUUUAUUUUGAGAAAGAUGCACUUGAGCGAACCAGAGGAAGAACCUACCUCAUUACAGCCCAGACAUUCUGAUCUAAAGACACUGGAGGAACCGAACGCUCAUACUUGACUUUGAAAAAGCUUCACAAAGUCAAACCUCCAGCAGGAUUAUAGCGUGUUCUGUCAAUGCAGCAACGCGACUCCAACAUUUAAUGAAGAUGCUCUGAACAGAGGAGGAGAUCUGCUGUGAGGUCGUGUGGCCCUACAAACAUUAUGUGGGCCGGAUAAUUAACAGCCUCCUGCUAUCAGAUCAGAGAUCCCAGCGGCUCCAUCAUAAACCCGCUGAUCGUAAACGGCAGCACGGACCUCCGUAUCGCCUCUGCAUGCAGAACACCAAGGAGAAUGAUCUUUUUGUCCAAUCAUAAGUUUACUUUGAAAAAACGGCAUGUUGACGGAUUUUAGUUGGAAAGAUAAGAGUCACUUUUUCAUGAAAUAUUUGAACCAUUGUAGGUUACGUUGGCCAGUCGGGUUAUCACUCGCUAUAUUGUUCAAUUAAAUUCAUGUUGGAGCUGACGUCAAGUCCUCGAGUAUCGCUCCUCGUGUGCUAUAGUAAUCAUUAAUAUGAAUUGAGUAAUAUUUCAUUCGAUGGUCAUUAAUAAAACAGUGUUAGAUAUUG